GGAGCUCUUCUCAGCAUCACCAUUCACUAAAAUCACUGCGGCAGAUUACUGCCUGGGAACUCUAUAUAUGAACUUUAUCACAAUGAGUAAACUAACCCCUAAUCCUGCCAAAGUGCUCAUACGCGAGCAAGUUGCCGCCAGGAUCGCGGCUCUAUCCACCGAAGAAAAGAAGAGGCAAUCCAAAAUUGUUUAUGAUAAGAUUGUAAACCAUCCGUGUUACAUAAAAGCGAAGAAUGUAGCGAUAUUCAUGAGCACGGAUCAGGAAGUUGACACUGCGCCUAUAAUCGCUGAUAUAAAAGCUAAAGGUGGCGCUGCGUUCGUGCCGCAGUACGCGGGAGGCAUAAUGAGGAUGCUCAAGCUGGAGACAGGCGAUGAAUCGGCCAUGCCCCUCACUAGGCACGGCAUACAGCAGCACAGCAAGGACCAGGUCAGGGAUGAUGCUCUAGAUAUAGGUCUAGAUCUGAUCAUAGCACCGGGAGUUGCGUUCAGUCGGAGCGGUGGCAGAGUGGGUCAUGGCGGUGGGUACUAUGACAAGUACAUCAGCAAACUACGACAAAAUCCUAACACAGCGCCCAAAGUGGUAGCAAUAGGCUUCAAAUGCCAAGUUCUUGAUGACGUACCCAUGGACUCUCAGGACCAGAAGAUUGAUGACGUAAUCUUCGCUGACUGACAUUUUACAUAGUAAAAUUUCUAUUAAAUUAAUAUU